ACACUACAAGAGACGAUCAUACAAGACGACUGUAGGGCCAUUGGCAUCUGGAAACCUACAAACCAUAAUUUCGACUGCAGACAAGGCGCCUAAAAGUAUCAGAAUCCACAUCUUUGAGUUUUAGAAGCACCGUAAAUUCAGGCUCCGUUCGGGAUGGCAAACCUUGUAUGUCAUUAAAUAAGCCUGUCACCUCAUCGCAUCGACUCCUUCUUAUCACCUCUUACUCCCCUAUUUUUCGCUAAACAACACAGAAAAUGUCCAAGCCAGAGGUUCUUAUUGCUGGAUCAGUCCGUUUCGCCCAAGGUGACCUUGACAAGAUAGCUGAACGCUUCACAGUUCAUUACUUGAAGUGUAUGAACCGAGCCCAGUUCUUUGAACUUUGCAAGACAAAGUAUCAGAACGUGAAGGUGCUUUACAGACAUCCGGACUCCACACCAUCCAUUGGUGACUUUAAUGAGGAGCUCUUGAAUAACCUACCAAAGUCUGUCAAAUUCAUUUGCAACGUUGGUGCUGGAUAUGACACCAUUGAUGUCACGACCUGUGCAAAGCUUGGAAUAUAUCUUUCUAACACUCCCGGUGCAGUGGAUGCUGCUACCGCAGAUAUUGCCGUUAUUCUCAUUCUUAACGCUUGCCGUAACAUCACUCAAUCUGAGAAAAUCUUGCGCCAAGGGCAAUGGAACGCUGGUAUUUACAUGGGAAUGAACCCUGAAGGAAAGAAGAUCGGUAUUCUGGGUAUGGGUGGUAUUGGAAAGGCCAUUGCACAAAGAGUUCGUGGUUUUGAGAUGGAGAUCUUGUAUCAUAACCGAUCCCGUCUGUCCGAAGAAGUUGAGAAAAAAUACAACGCAAGAUAUGUUGAUUUUGAGACCUUGCUUCGAACAUCAGACGUGAUUUCUGUUAGUGUUCCUCUUAGUGGCGAGACAUACCAUCUCAUUGGCAACCGUGAGCUAGCACUAUGCAAAGAUGGCGUGAUCAUUGUCAAUACUGCCCGUGGAAAGGUUAUUGAUGAGCCAGCAUUGGUGAAGGCAUUAGAGAGCGGAAAGGUCGCCGCUGUUGGCCUUGACGUCUUUGAAGAGCCUAAGAUUCACCCAGGAUUGCUAGUUCACCCACGAGCGACUCUUUUGCCACAUAUUGGCACAAAUACCAUAGAAGCUCAAAUAGAGAUGGAACAACUUGCUCUCAACAAUCUGAUAGCUGCUGUAGAUUCUGACAAACUUAUUACCCCUGUUUGGGAACACAAGAAGUACUUUGCAUAAACAUAUUAGA